AAGACAGAACGUCAGAGUUAACCCUUUCUUCGAAAUAUUUAGUUAAAUAACACCAACCUUCAAGCUAAAGGGGAAAAAACGCCAGACUAAAAAAGUUGAGAGUUGAAAACUAAACUUAACAGCUGACCGUUAAAAGCAGAGUGUUCUCCUAGGACACGAUUCUACUUUUAUAUCUUAGAAUAUGAUCUCGUCAACUAAACUUGCUACUGGACUUGGACUGUGCCUGGUAUUCUGGCACUGCGUAACGUGUUUUCCUAAUGGCGAUCGACCCUUGAAUGACCUUUCUUCUAGAAGCAUCCCUUUUCAGGACGAGUUCCAACGAUUCCCCGACAAGCCUGAAUUGUACCAGCUCCGUCGAAGAAUGAAACAAGAAACUAAACGAACAGCUGCCAUGGGGGUCGAUCUUCCUGACUAUAUCCUCCAUUUCAAAGGGAAUUGGCCUGACCUGUCUAUCUUCCGUGACCGCAUGCAACAGAGUGGGAAAAGGUAAUUUCAACCCUACAGAAAAUCGGACAUGACGUCAGAGGGAACUAAGAAACUUUGUUCAGUCAAAUCUGCAAUGCUUCUUCUUCUUAUGUUUUUCCAUAGCCAAAACUUUUGCUUACAUAUUUAAAUUAUUUUAAACUACAAGUUGUCAAGCAUAAUAUAUAUAUAUAAAGUUUUAUUAUUUAUAUUUUGGUUAGAAGCAUACUAGAUUGUAAAAUUCUUUUUCUACACAAUGACAUUCCUACAUAUAUAUAUAUAAACAUUUAAUAAUAAUUUCUUUUUAGGAUAUAUAUAUAUAUAUCUAUAUAUCUGAGAUAUAAAAAGAGCCAAAUUCUAACCCUGCUUAUUUAUGUAGUUUUGUACCAUAUUUAAAAUUUCAAUCUUGUUUUAAUAGAACAUUGACUUUUGUGAACAAAAUAUAUAAACAGGUGAAUAAUCGAACUGAGUUAUGUACUUUGUGUUAUUAUUUACAGUCAUCCGAUGUGUAAAAUGCUGAAGUUUUAAUAAAUAAUUGAUAUUUAC